GAAAGGGAUGGUCUCGCUCAAUGGCCACUGCGGCCCCGUGGACUUCCUAGCAGUGGCUUUCAGCACGCUGGCCCCCGAGGUCUUGAAGAGCGACAAAGAGGAUGAAGCGGCCAACGACGGAGGCGCAUUGAUGGACGAGGCGCACCCCAGUGCUCGUUCCUCCGACGUGCCUGCUCCAGACAGUUCCUCCUCCACCAGGGAAAUCCGUAAAAAGGGCAUCCUUCUGCAGUACCGGCUCCGAUCCACCACUCACCUCCCCGGGCAGUUGCUCUCCGUGAGGGACACGCCUUCACCGGCCGGCGGGAAUUCCUUCGAACACACCGAGGAAGACGGCUCCAUCUAUGAAAUGGCGGACGAUCCGGACAUUUGGGUGCGCAGCCGGCCGUGCGCCAAGGAGUCUCAUCGGAAGGAGAUCUCCUCCCUGGCUGUGAUUUCGGGAGGAAGGGGUUACCGCAACUUCAACGCCAACGGCCGGCCUCCGUCGAGCAGCGAAAGCGACAGUACAUUACUCCUCUGGCAGGUCCCGUUGAUUUUAUAGCGCCGUCGGGUUGCGCUUGUCCCUGCCUUUCGUUUUUGGCAUUGCACGGUGGAUGACAACACCGUAGGGGACGGUACAUGUGUGGUGAUUGGGGGGGGGGGCUAUCUGGUUGGACAGUCCUGCUAAUCCCACCAGGUUUUUACCGAUUUCGUCACCUUCAAACUCCCUCCGUGCCCAGCGGUGUUUGCCACCUGUUUUUCACACUUCCGAUCUUGGCCCGAUUUUCUUUCCGGGACUUUUUCAGGUUUUAUAGGAAAAAAAUUGCACACUCUCUGCAGGUUUUGGGGGAGCCAGUUAAAUCCCCCCCCCGCUUUCUCUGGGGAGGUUUUUUCUUCCCCAGAGAAAAGAGACGUACGGGUUUGGUGUUACCCCUGUGUGAAUAUCCUACCUACAAAUAUAUAUAUAGACACACACACACACACACACACACUCUUAAUAUAAAAGUGCUGUAUAUUAUUAAAUUGUAUAAAUAAAAAUCUGUAUAUAUCGGGGGCAGAAAUAAAGGUGGGAGGAAACUCCUCCUAGUCC